UGACUCCUGGCUGAAGCAAAUGCAAAUUUCUGGAGGAAAAUUAAGAGGCCUAUAGAAAUCUUCUCUGGAGGAAAAGUAAGAGGCUUAUAGAAUUCCCACAAAUUAAGAUCAACAAAAGGCAGAGUGGACAGUGAGAGAGAGAGAGAAAGGUCUUCCUUUUCUGUUGGUUCACCCUCCAAUGGCCGCUGUGGCCGGUGCACUGUGGCCAGCACACCGCGCUCAUCGGAAGCCCAGAGCCAGGUGCUUCUCCUGGUCUCCCAUGUGGGUGCAGGGCCCAAGGACUUGGGCCAUCCUCCACUGCACUCCCGGGCCACAGCAGAGAACGGACUGGAAGAGGGGCAACUGGGACAGAAUCCAGCGCCCUGUCCGGGACUAGAACCUGGUGUGCUGGCGCUGCAGGCAGAGGAUUAGCCUGUUGAGCCGUGGCGCCAGCCAUGAUCAUGACUAUUAUAAUUUCCUUGGCUGGACUCAACUGAUGCCUUUAGGUGACUUCACUGAAAAGUCUGAGGCAUUUAGGAAAGACCUUCUAUUAAGUUUCUGCUGCCUUAUCAGUCAGUCUGCUUAACUGAAAAUAUAUUCUUUCUACAUUUUUUUAUGACAUAUGAACCUAUUUGUUUACCUAAGGCCAGUUCCUUUACUUACAUACUAAAUGACAUUCUUUCUCAUUUUUUUAGGGAUACUUUAGGAGAAAUUAGUGCAGUAUCUACUUGUCUGUGUCUGUCAUAAUUACAAGCUGCAAUUUCUUCUAUCUAAAAAGGAAAAACAAAACAAAAACAAAUCUCUUGACACACACGUUUUCUUCUUGAAAUAACCCUAUUUAUCUGCUACAUUUUUUAAAAAAGAUUUUCCUACCCUAUCUCCAUCUCUUCUCCCACUCUCAUUAAUCUGUUCCAAUCCAAACUUACACCCAUUACUCCACCAAAACUAUACUUGAAGAUAACCCAUUAUCUGUUAACUUCUUUAUUACUAAAUUAGAAAUCAGCAUUUUACUUUGUUUCUCAGCAUUUGAAGAAUUGAUAACACUUGACUUGGCUUCUGGGAUUCCACAGUUUCCUGAAUUUUUGGCUGUCGCCGCUUAGUCUUCAUUGUUCAUUCUUUCUUAUCUUCCUUCCUUACAAUGAUGAUGUACCCCAAAGCUCAAUUCUCAAACUUCCCUUUUCUUCCUUUCACUUCUCUACUGUAUCCAGAUACUCCUUGUUUGAUCUUAUCCAAUCCCCCAGGGUUUAAAUAUUAUCUAUUUGGUGAUGACCCCUAAAUUUAUAUCUCUAAUCUGAGUAUCUCCCUAGAACCACAUAUUUGUGUCAAUGCGUGUGUAAUAAACACUUAUUACCAUAUCUAAAAGUUCAAAAUCAAGCAAGUCUCUUCUAAACCUUCUUCUGCUAUAAUGCAAAGUUCUCAGUAUAUAGUACAUCCAUAGUUCCAGAUGCUCAGACAAAAAAGUAUUCCUUGUUUUGUUUUUCAUAUUAUGUGUUCAUUCUAUCACAAAAUCCUCUUCAUUAGAAUGUCAAAAUAUAUUCAGAAUCCAAUGAUAACUCACAUCUUCUACCCCUACAUUCACAGUCAUCUGGCCUGAACCAUUUGGAUUGCUAUAACCUCAUAACUCUGUGCACCAAGUUUCAAUUCCUAAUCCCUCAUCUCUGUGGGCCCGAGGCCUUGUCUCUUGAAGUUUUUCAGAUUAUUAACAUUCAGACUCAGUCAGGUGAAGUCACUAGAUGUCUCAGGGGAAGCUGUGACUAACUUUGGAAUAUGUUUGUGUCUAGUUUCUGUUCUCAUUUCAUUGUGGCACCUCUGAAUCUUCUUUUCUAACCUUGGCCAUACUUGUAAAAGGGUUUUCUUUUUUUAAAAUCAUAUUUUAAAUAACCAACGUUUAUUGCCAUUCCCCAGGCAAUCUGAUACACCAUUCACAUGUCAAGUAUAUCCACUAUCAGAGUUUUACUAUUGCCAAUCCCCAAAUUCUCACACUAUUAGCUUUAUAUUACUACAUCAAAAUACUUCAUGCAGCUUUAUAAGGGGAAAAGGGUUUUUUUUUUAAGCUCAGUUUUGGAAUCUGAAGUCCAAGAUUGGAUGUCUCCAUUGACUUGGCAUCUGGUAAGGGCAAUGGAUGACAGUGGGAAUAAGGAUUACUUGGUGAACCAGGAUCAGACAGUGGUUAGGCCCAAACACAGGCUUUUAUAGUAACCCUCACAUUAGAAAUACCUUCUGACAUCAUGUUCCCAGUAACCUAAGGACAACCAUUAGGGCUUAUCAGAAAAUACCAAAAUAAGUUUCCACUUUAUUUUUUUUUUUAUUUUUUAUUUUUUUUACAGGCAGAGUGGACAGUGAGAGAGAGAGAAAGGUCUUCCUUUUGCCAUUGUUCAUCCUCCAAUGGCCGCUGCGGCCAGCGCGCUGCAGCCGUUGCGCUGCGCUGAUCCGAAGCCAGGAGCCAGGUGCUUCUCCUGGUCUCCCAUGGGGUGCAGGGCCCAAGCACUUGGGCCAUCCUCCACUGCACUCCCGGGCCACAGCAGAGAGCUGGCCUGGAAGAGGGGCAACCGGGACAGAAUCUGGCGCCCCGACCGGGACUAGAACCCAGUGUGCCAGCACCGCAAGGCGGAGGAUUAGCCUAGUGAGCCGCGGCGCCGGCCAAGUUUCUACUUUAGUACCAUUAACUGAGGCUUAAAUGUCCUGCCUGAGUGCAGGGGCUAAAUCAUAUUCAAACUAUAACACUUUUCUUUUUUUAACUCCUUCUUCCUUUUCCCUAGGCUAUGAAAACUACUCACCAUUCACUACUUACCAUUCCUAAAGUUUUGUCUUUUCAAGAAUGUCAUACAGGGGUGGGCAUUUUGGUGCAUCAGGUUAAGCUGCUGCAUAAGAUGCCUGCAUUUCAUUUUAGAAUGCUGAUUUGAAUCCCAGCUCUUCUACUUCCAGUCCUGCUUUCUGCUAAUGCAUCCUGAAAAGCAGUACGUGAUGGCUCAAGUAUUUUGGUCGCUGCCACCCAUGUGGGAGAUCCAGAGGGAGUUCUGGACUUCUGGCUUUGGCCUGGCCCAGCCCUGGCUGUUGCAGGCAUUUGAGCAGUGAACCAGUGGAUUUAAGAGAGGGUGUGUUCACUCUUGUUCAGUCUCUCUGCUUUUCCAAUAAAAAUAAACAUUUUUAAAACAGAAUGUUAUAUAAAUGGGAUCAAAAUAUGUAGCCUUUAGGGUCUGGCUUUGUUCACCUAGCAUAUAUUUAAAAUUUGUCUGUAUUAUUGUAUGAAUCAAUAGUGUGGAUCUGUUUCCCGCUAAAUAGUAUCCCAUUGUAGGGAAGUAUCUAAGUUUGUUGAUUCAUUCAUCUUUUAAGGAAUGACUGGGUUGAUUCCAGUUUGGAGAAAUUAAUAAAGCUGCUAUAAUAUUUGGUAUACGAUCUUUGUCUUAACAUAAGCAUAAAUACCUACAAAUAUGCUGCUGGAUCAUACACUAAAUAUAUUUAAAAGAAACUAUCUCACUUUCAUUGUGGUUAUACCACUCUGCAUUCCCAGCAAGAGUAUUCUGGUUCUUGAUCUGUAUAUCCAUCUAAAAGAAGUCUUUUAUAGAAUUGCUAGAAUCCUUGUCAUUCAGACUUUCCAACAUUCUCAACAUUGCAUAAGAUUACAGAGCCCUGCAUUAUGUCUUAAGUUAUAUAGCUAUGCCUGGGAAAUGAUAGAUAUUUUUCUGUGAUGAACACCUAGAGUUGGGCUUGGAUAUAUAAGUAAAUGAGAGAUGACAGGAGACAGGAAUGAAGGAUGAAGUAAAGAUAAGUAAACAAAGGCAACUAAAUAUCUUGUUUGAAAAUAAUAGGGAAAACUAAAGGUAAUCAUGGCUACUAUCUGGGAAGCAGUAUGCAGGAGGCAGGUCACUUGGAGACUGAUAUGAUCAUUAAUUUAGUGUAGAUAGCUUUUGUUUCCAUAUGUAAGUAAUUAGUGGGGAAGCCACAGAUAAGUGGUUUCCAAGCAUCUACCUCUAGGAUGGCAGGAAGAGUUAACUACAAAGGGGUACCCAGGAGUGACAGAAGUUUGAUAGGGGGCAGGCACUAUGGUGCUGGCUAUCCCAUAUGGGCACCGGUUUGAGUCCUGGCUGCUCUUCUACCAAUCCAGCUCUCUGCUAUGGCCUGGGAAAGCAGUGGAAAAUAGCCCAAGUGCAUAGGCUCUUGCAUCCACAUGAGGGACCAAGAAGAAGCUCCUGACUCCUGGCUUAGGAUUGGCCCCAGCCAUUUGGGGAGUGAAUCAGUGGAUGGAAGACCUGGCUCUGUCUGUCCCUCUCUCUCUCUUCUCUAACUCUGCCUCUCAAGUAAAUGAAUAAAAUCUUUUUUUUUCUUCUUAAAGUUUGAUUGUAGGUACAUGAUUUGAGCUAUUUUGGUUUUUCUUCUGUUUUUCAGUUGUCUUAUGCCCUAGUUUUACUGAGUGUUAGGCAUUAUAAAGAAGAUAACUCUAAUAAAUAUUUAAUUGUACUGUGGCAAACAAUCUUGAAUUACCUCAUUCCAAAUUCUGAAUUUUAGAUAGUUCAGAAAUGAUUCAGGCUUCAGACCUUGCCCAGACUGACCAACAUUUUCUACAUUAUUCCUCAUCAUAGCUCUCAAGAGUUCCCAACCUAAUAUAUGGAGAAUUUACAACAGGACUUACUUUCCAGCUGUUGUCACCGAGUCAUUUGCAGACUUACUUUCCAGCUGUUGUCACUGAGUCAUUUGCAGCAGUCCAAAACACUGUUUAGUUUCUCUACCUCUCAAUUUACUCUUCUGCUUAGGGAAAUCUUAGUGGACCCAGAUAUUUUAAACUUUUAUCCUAUUAGCUGUUUAUUUAAAUAUUAACUCUCCAGUGUCUUCAUUCAAGUGCUUUUUAUAUGUUGCCUAAUUUAUGUAACUGCUUUCAACAGGAAUGGUAGUCUGAAUUACCUAAAUUAACAGAAAUGAAUCCUUAAGAUUCAAGAACUGAAAAAGAGAAAUUCAGUUUGUAUAGUCCUAUGGAGAACCAUCUAAGGUUUUGGCUAGUUGUAGGUGCGAUGGGAAAUGCCUUUGUGGGCUUUUCAAAGUUGAAAGGAUGCUUAUGUGUUUGGUAGAUAGUGAUCAAAGCUGAGAAGUAUCAUAGGAAAAGUCAUAUAGAUAGGUAUGGACCAGACUAGGGAGGGCUUUCUCAAAGUUAUAGAAGAGUUUGGAUGCUGUUCUAAGUUUAACUACCGGGCCAGCGCCAUGGCUCACUUGGUUAAUCCUCUGCCUGCAGCGCCAGCAUCCCAUAUGGGCACCAGUUCUAGUCCUGGCUGCUCUUCUUCCAAUCCAGCUCUCUGCUGUGGCCCAGAAAGGCAGUGGAGGAUGGCCCAAGUGCUUGGGCUCCUGCACCUGCGUGGGAGACCAGGAAGAAGCACCUGGCUCCUGGCUUCAGAUGGGCGCAGCUCCAGCUGUAGUGGCCAUUUGGGGAGUGAACCAACAGAAGGAAGACCUUUCUCUCGUCUUUCUCUCACUGUCUAUAACUCUACCUGUCAAAUAAAUUUUUUUAAAAAGUUUAGCUAUUAAAAAGUUUUAAGCAGAGAUAGAAAAUCACAAUCCAAUUCCAAAUAUGAAUCAGUGAGAAAUGUUCUAGAGACCUCCAUGUUCAUCUUCUGAUUCACUAGAUUCAGUCAGUCUCAUGGAAUAAAUUGGACAUCUUUAAUUUCAACAAGCUCUCCUCAUGACUUUUAAAGUUUGAAAACCACUGAUUUCAAAGUUUCCUUUUAAAGUCUCUUCCCUUAUGCUCCCAAGUAUUCAUUAUUCUGACCUCUCAGCUACCCUCUUUUCAUUCUAAGCUAAUAUUUCUUUCAAGCUCUAGGUAGCAACAUUACCAUGUCAUAAGUUUAGUGGGUUUUGAUUGAGAGAAAUAGAAAGGAGUAAAAUUUAUAGCACAGAAUACAGCAUUUUAUAAAAUUGUAUUUAGUGUGAAAUGUACGUCUAACUACAGGUCAUGGUAAACAAUACUUUAACACCACUUAGGUAAGCCUAUUAUUUCAUAUGGUUAUUAUUUUGACUUUUCUCCUAUUGAAAUUAUAUUUCUCCUAAAUUAUUUAAUGUUGUCUUACCUUUCAGAUUUGCCUUCAAUAUAUGGAAGUAAGGACUUCUCUCCAAAAAGGGAUACUUAUGAAACAGAAUUAUCCCAAUGGGAAAUAAGUGACAAGCCUGGAAACCGUGAUCUUCAGGAGUCUAAUUCUAAAAGUUAUUUGGAAAUCCAAGGCAACUUGGAAAAACAAGAAAAUCAGAAGGAAUAUUUCAGGCGAGGGAUGAUUAUAUAUGACAAAAUGUCCAUUUUCAAUCAGCAAACCUACUUAUCUCAGCAUCCACAAUGUCAUUCUACUGAGAAACCCUAUAAAUGUAAGGAAUGUGGGAAAGCCUUUAGACGAGCAUCGCAUCUAACUCAACAUCAGAGUAUUCACACUGGUGAAAAACCCUAUGAAUGUAAGCAGUGCGGAAAGGCCUUUAGUCGUGACUCCCAGCUCAGUCUUCACCAGAGACUUCAUACUGGUGAGAAACCCUAUGCAUGCAAAGAAUGUGGGAAGGCCUUCACUCAAAGCUCACAACUUAUUUUACAUCACAGAAUUCAUACUGGUGAAAAACCAUAUAAAUGUGAAGAAUGUGGGAAAGCCUUUAUUCGUAGCUCACAACUCACUCGACAUCAGAAAGUCCAUACUGGCGAGAAGCCGUAUGAAUGUAAAGAAUGUGGAAAGGCCUUUACUCAGAACUCACAACUUACUCUGCACCAGAGACUUCAUACUGGUGAGAAGCUCUAUGAAUGCAAAGAAUGUCGAAAAGUCUUUACUCAGCUCUCACAACUAAUUCUGCAUAAGAGAAUUCAUACUGGUGAGAAACCCUAUGAAUGUAAGGAAUGUGGGAAAGCUUUUAUUUGUGGCUCACAGCUUUCUCAACAUCAGAAAAUUCAUAAUGGGGAAAAGCCAUAUGAAUGUAAGGAAUGCGGGAAGGCCUUUAUCCGGGGCUCACUCCUUAUGCAACAUCAAAGGAUUCAUACUGGUGAAAAACCCUAUAAAUGUGAAGAAUGUGGGAAAGCCUUUAUCCGUGGCUCACAACUUACUCAACACCAGAGAAUUCAUACCAAUGAAAAGCCCUAUGAAUGUAAGGAAUGUGGAAAGACCUUUAGUCAUGGCUCACAACUGACUCAACACCAGAGAAUUCACACUGGUGAGAAACCCUAUCAAUGUAAGGAAUGUGGGAAGGCCUUUAAUCGUGGCUCACUCCUCACUCGACAUCAGAGGAUUCAUACUGGUGAGAAACCCUAUGAAUGUAAAGAGUGUGGAAAAACCUUUAGUCGUGGGUCAGAACUUACUCAACAUGAGAGAAUUCACACUGGUGAGAAACCCUAUGAAUGUAAGGAAUGUGGAAAGUCUUUUAUUCGUGGCUCACAGCUUACUCAACAUCAAAGAAUUCAUACUGGUGAGAAACCUUACGAAUGCAAAGAAUGCAGAAUGGCCUUUACUCAGAGUUCACAUCUUUCCCAACAUCAGAGACUUCAUACUGGUGAGAAACCCUACGUAUGUAAUGAAUGUGGAAAGGCCUUUGCUCGUGGUUUACUACUCAUACAACAUCAAAGAAUCCAUACUGGUGAGAAACCAUAUCAGUGUAAGGAAUGUGGGAAGGCCUUUAUUCGUGGUUCUCAGCUUACUCAACAUCAGCGAAUUCAUACUGGAGAAAAACCCUAUGAGUGCAAGGAGUGUGGGAAGGCCUUCAGUCAUGGCUCUCAGCUUACUCUACAUCAGAGAAUCCAUACUGGUGAGAAGCCCUACGAAUGUAAAGAAUGUAGAAAGGCUUUUACCCAGAGUUCACACCUUUCUCGACAUCAGAGAAUACACACUGGUGAAAAACCAUACCAAUGUAAGGAGUGUGGGAAGGCCUUUACUCGUGGCUCACAACUAACUCAACAUCAAAGAAUUCAUAUCAGUGAGAAAUCUUUUGAAUAUGAGGAAUGUGGAAUAGAAUUUAAGCAUGCCUCACAAGUUUAUGUAUGAAUUAUCGGAUUCUUUGCAGUUAACAGAUUUCUCUUGCAAAGAAUUCUUACAGAUGUGAAUAUGGGGGCACAUUUGCGUCAUAAAGGUAAACAUCAGAGAAUUUGGAUGGCAUAAUGAAAAUGUUAAUGUAAUCCAUGUAGAAAAGCCUAUCAUUUCUGGAAACCCACUAAACUUUAGCAAGUUAAAACAGAAAAUAAUUCUGUUAAUGUAGAAAAUGUAGAAAGGCUUCUAGCCUUAGCAAAUGUCUUUUUCAAAACUAUCUUGGCUCUGAGAAUUCAUUUCCUUCUGCUUUGGUUUAAUCAUUUGUAUAUAGACUUAAGAAUAAAUACCUUUCUCAGUA